AUGAAAAGUAGGAGUGAACGAAAAAGUAGUCUGGGUCAAAUAAUAGCAGGCAGUUUGCGUCAAACGGAAAUUAUGCUAACCUUAGUUUAUAAAUCUGUUAAACAAACAGUGUUUGGCUCGUCAGAAGGAGGCACAAAUAUGAUGAAAGUAUCGUCUGCAGGAAGACUAAGAACCGUUGUACGAUAUCGCACACUAUACGCACUACGGAAAAACGGAAGGGAGAUAGAUUACAGGAAAGGGAAGAAAAAAAAGUUUGGAGGGAAACCUGCGUGCGUUGGUAAGGGAUAUGUUCCGCAAUUACACUUUCUUUUAUGGGCAUCAAUUAUGUGUAGCCAAACUCGUAGUAUCAAACAUUUUAGAAAAGCGGUAAAACUUAUUUGCUAUUUGAUAAAUCCGAGCGUUCUCCAGCCAGAGCAAUGGGCUGGACACCUUGCAUUUUCUAGAAAUGGAAUUUGGAGUAACCCAGAUUUGCGAAGAUCGUCAAAGCGUGAUAUUCAUUGCCAUGUUUUGCCACGUUUCGUGAGAUUAUCAAGCGACUCUG